ACGGUUUGGCAACACAAAAUAGCCAAGCCCGAGUCCCGACAGAUGUUCGUUGAUACAAAAUCUAUAUUGUCUAUGUGCUGCUUCCUUUCUUUCACUCUGUAAUUUUUUUAUUCAACAAUGAAUUUAUAAAAUCACUGUUUUCAAUUGCAAACACCCUUCCAAAUAACGUGUUUUGAUAUUAUGUUUUUGCUUAAAUCAUUCCUGGUAUACAAAGAAUUUGUAAAGUCUUGAACUUGUAAUUCAAUGCUGGAGAGGUUAGUUUUUGUUCGUUAGGAAAAAAAACAGUUUUUUAUCACAGUUCCCUUUGUUUCUCGGCAACAAGGCAUGGAUUUCGUAAAACGGGAAGACCAAGCAAUAAUCGACGAUGAAUUGCAACAACACUAUAAGCUUUACAUGGAGAAUGCUCAGAAAACCCACCACAUUGAGACAGGGGACUACCAGCACGCCCUCUCAAUGGAACAGCUACACCAAAUACAAACCUCGAUCAACACCACCAUAGCCCACAACUUCCAACUGCCUUUGUCCCCUCGGCAGAUCUCUACGUUGAUGCUGAAAACUAAUCAUUUUAACCAGAUACCUGCACAUUUCCCGAGGAACUUAGAGGUAGACCUAAUGCAGAACUUAAACGAUCUAACUCAAAUGAGGAACGAAGAUAUAAUCAAUCAGAAUUUGAGGUUAAACGAACUUGAGCUGCAGGCGGCCCAGAAUCUUCAACUCAAUGAGCAAGAGCUAUCUAGGCUCAAUCAGGAUUUGAGGUUGGAGUUACCUCAGAAUUUAGGAAGAGAUAUGGAGCUGGGUCAUGAUUUGAUGAGUCAUAUGGUCGAUGAUAGGCGAAUGGAUGGAAUGAUGGAGACGAGAAUGGUGCUAGAAGAGCCCAGGCAGGUGGACCAUCAGCACCAAAUCCCGCUGCCGUUCCACAUCAAGCUUGAACAGGACGAGGAAUACUUCUACGAAAACGUCAACCAAGUUAACCAGGCGAUCAACAUCAACGGAAUGAGCAGUCAUAUUCCCGUUCACACUGAGCAUCCUCAACAAACCAUAUAUCAAGACCAAAUAUACGCCGUAUACAACAAUCACGUCUCUGGAGUCCCCGCAUUAAACUCUCUAGACCUCUAUCCUAGACCCCAGAACCACGUACAAUACGUAAAUAAUGUCAGAGACAACCCGGAAAACUUAGUCGUCCAUAGACAAUUCGAGAACGCUAGUCCGUACGCAGAAGAAUUUAAAAAGAUAAGACAGGAAGUCCCGAAAGACGAAAAAAUCGAAGAGCCUAAGGAAAACCAAAAACCAGACACGAAUAAAAUUCUAUUUUCGAAUUAUCAGAACGAUUUUGUGGCGGAGAAGAAUGAAAACGAUUCAAGCGCUCAAAAUAAAAUAAGUGAAGAAUUGUUUAUGAAUAUAAAAGGGGAAUAUUCUUGCUAUAAAUGUAAUGACGUUUUCUCAACGAAAAGAGGUUUAAAGCAACACGCGAAAACGUGUACAGAGGCGAAUGAUUCUAUGGAAAAACUUGGAAAAUUCGUCUGCUCUCAAUGCCCUUACAGAUGUCAAUCGCCCGCCAUUUUGAAAAUUCAUGAACGCACCCAUACCGGAGAGAAGCCAUUUUCUUGUACAUUCUGCGAUUAUAAAUCAGGACAAAAGAAUAAUGUGGCGAAACAUAUUUUAGUUCAUAUGAAGGAAAAACCGUUCCGAUGCCAGUACUGUGAAUAUAGAUGUGCGCAGAAAAACAACUUGGUCGUUCAUGAGAGAACACAUACCGGUUAUAAGCCUUUUGCUUGCCCUUAUUGUGACUAUAGGACCGUUCAGAAACCUAACUUGGUGAAACAUAUGUAUCUCCACACAGAUCAGAAACCUUUCUCAUGCGAUCAGUGCAGUUAUCGCUGUGUGCAAAAAACUAAUUUGACUAAACAUAAACAGAGGCAUUUAAACGAGAAAACUGGUGAGAAGGUUGACUUGAAAAGUCAGACGAAACCUUAUAGGCCGAGGCAGAAAUCUGUGAAGUGCCCACAUUGUCCUUAUAAGUGUGUUCAGAAAUCUAGUUUGGAUAAACAUAUUGUGUUUAAACAUAGUGCAGUGCAAAAUUUGAAUGAGGUACAAGCUAGUGAGAGUGAGGAGUUGAUACAGAAUUUAAGUGUGAAAAAAGAUUUUGAGUGCCAAGAGAAAAUGCAAGUGUCAUAGUGAUUGUGUGCUUUCAAUACCUAGGUUAUUUAACUAAGUGGCGCUUUAGAACAGAUUUUAACUUUUUGACCGCAGAAGACGUCAUAUGACGCGCGCGGCUACAGCCCAAUAUCAACCUUCAUGCGUACCGACAAGGUUCACGAUUACGCGCCGCGUACGAUAGGCGUGGCGUUCAAAAGGUUAAGGAAAAUAGAUUGAAUACUCUUUAUUGAUUGUUAUUGCACAUCUAAAAAAGAAAAAGUUAUAGAGAAAUUGUGGAUUUAACAACUGGAGACGCCUUUUCUGUAAUUUUCUGUAAAAAACAGUCUGGCGAUUUUUGCGGGGGAGGGGCACGUCAAAUGUAUGGCUAGUUGUACGUAAUGUACAAAUAGCUGUCAGAUAAACGUAAGUCAAUACAAUACAUAUGACCAUUGGCCGAGGUUUUCGACAGAGGGGUAAUCUCUUAAAGGCGACUCGGGUUGUUAAAUCCUCCAAGAGAGAAACUAAAGAUAUUCAGACAUUAGUACUUAUCGCUAUUAGCGAUAACUUUCAGACAACCUAUUAGUGGCGAAUCUGUGAUACUUAAGAUAUCCUUUUUAGGUUUCCACACCAAAAAGAUAAAAAGGAACCUUUAUGGUGUGACUGUCUGUCUGUUGCAUCCCUAAAUAUCUCGAGAACUAUUUACGCUACUGAUUUAAAAUUUGGAAUAACUGUUUUUGUUUAAUCAUGACGUUUUACUGCAAUUAUCAUUAUAUUUUUUACUUUUUACACAUAAUUACAAAUACAUGUGUUUGUUUUUUUGGUUUAAAUUGAUGCCAUAUGUGUGCAGUUGCCCAAGUUUCUAUAUCAUUGAUAAAUAUCAGUUUAAGCUAGCCGUGACUUACAUUUUAUUAACAUUUAAAAUGUUAAUUCAAAUUUCUUUUGGGUUACUGUGCUUAUCAAGUGUAAUCAUACCUUAACUACUUUCACCGCGAUUUGCUUUAUAAAAUUAUUAAAUUUUAGUAGCGCCACCUAGUUCUCAAAUUGUGAUUAACUGGAAAUUUUGUUUGAUAGUUUGCUAUAUUGUAAGUUGUAAAUAUGUACGUAAGUUUUUGAUUGAAUUUUACAUUCCAGUUUUAUAAAAGACCGGUUUUUAACCAAAAUGGUGGACGAAAAUGGGUUUAAAAAUAAUUAUAACCAAAAUCAGAUACUAAUUAAUAAUUAUUAUAAAAUUAGGACGCUAAGCACAAAUAACUUCGUAUACCGCCGUUUUCGAUUUCUAUCGCAACCGCAUAAUUACAUUGCUGUCCUACUUGCACAGUGGCAUUUAUUACGCGUAUAGAUAGAGAUAGAAAAUGGCUGGCCAAUGGACGAUAUUCUACAUGCUUAGCGUGCUUACUUUAACAUUAUUUACAUUUUAAUUUAACUGGAGUGUUUGAUUCUGUGUUAAAUUUGAAGGCACCUUUAUCUAGAACCCUUUUGACUUAAUGACACAUUAGAAAUUAAGUUUGCAGUGCAAAUUAUGUUUUAAGUUUAAGCAGCCCAAAAACAGUUUUUUAUUAAGCUUGAAUUUAAAGGUAAGAUGAAAUCGUGUCUUAUAAAAUUGGAUAUAAUGUAAACUUAUUUAUCAUUAUACAUUAUUCAUUAAACUUCUGCACAAAACUAAACAAAUAACUGUGUGAGCUGUGGACCUCGCGUUAAGCCUAGAAAAUUUAAAAGUGAAAAAUACUUCGACGAGUCGUUAACACAGUGAACUGACAAUGGUCUUACGCGCCAUAGACGCUAUUGGCAAUUAAGUCCUUUAUGCCAAUUUCUGCAUUUUGAAAAAAUACCAAAAACUGGAUCGACGGAGAAGCCAAGAACACCUAAAAGCGUCGUUACUAGUCGUGCCCACAGCGCCAAGGACUCCUAUAGGUGUCAUGGCGGACGCUGACAAAGUAACCUUCACACUUUAGAGUAAGGUUUACAUUAGCUUGCUUGCGCCCGGGAGCUUGGCGUCUGAGUGAUGUUUGUGUUUAUGACAUAAUGCGUUCAAAGGGUUAAAGCGUUCAAGUCCUGCCGGAAACGUAACUUUUUUUUUUUUCCAUUAAUAUAAAAAUAUCUAUACUUGGUCAAGCAAAUCUUGUCAGUAGCAAAAGGCGGCAUAUCUGAAAAACCGCCGGUUAGCAGCACUGUUUUCGAAUAAUUCAAAAAUAGCGUGUCAUCUGUGUUUUAUCUGUGGAAUGUGGAUGAAUGACAGCCAUCAUGUUUGUUUACAUUCUGAAUUGUAUGGAAGGUAGGGGCAAGGAACAGAAUCUCCUUAGGCAAAACUGUUCCAAAAGUGUCCAGCUGUCAGUUAUAAAUAAUAGUUCCAAAUCUCUCCAGAGUAGCGCUAGAAUAGCUAAAAACCUAGGCGUUAUUGACGGAGUGAAGUGCGCUGUCUAUGAUUAGAUUUUGACGACCGGUUUGGCCUAGUGGGUAGUGACCCUGCUUACGAAGCUGAUGGUCCCGGGUUCAAAUCCUGGUAAGGGCAUUUAUUCGUGUGAUGAGCAUGGAUAUUUGUUUCUGAGUCAUGGGUGUUUUCUUUGUAUUUAAGUAUUAAUAAAUAUUUGUAUAUUAUAUAUAUCGUAGUCUAAGUACCCUCAACACAAGCCUUAUUGAGCUUACUGUGGGACUUAGUCAAUUUGUGUAAUAAUGUCCUAUAAUAUAAUAAUAUAUAUAAGAUUUUUUUCUCUAAGUAUUCUAGGUAUUGUAGCACCACCUAUUUAUGUUUUUUUGUCGGACACUGGUAUAUGGAAAUUCUGUUCCUUGCCUCCACCUUCCAUACUGAAUUGCUAUUUCAAGAAAAAUGUUUGCUGUCACCAUUAAAUACCAAUAUAUUAAAUAGCUUGUGCAUGAAUUUAAGCAAAGCCAAGGUGCUUACAAUAUACAAUCACGCUCGCUGAUCGUAAAUAUUUGUAAAAUUUUAGGUUAUGAUAAUAAUAUGUUUUAGAUGUACAUUGCUGCUUUUCUUAGCGCAAUACCAACUCAAUAGUGCUUUUUGAGUGUUGUCCUACUUCACUUUGCUGAACAUUGCUACUGACAUACUUUGCUUGACAGACUAUAGGAAUGAACUAUAAUUUUUCAAACAUAGCUUUCAAAGUUGCGUUCGAAAUAUAGACAUUGAAAACUUUUUUUUAUUUUUUUAAUGAAAUAGUAUUAUGGGCUUGUACACUCCUAAUUUAUGUGAUAUAGCGAUAAUGGAUUAAGUAUUGAACCUUGAUUCGUUGUUCCUAAUACUGUUAAUAACUAUUAAGAGAUAAUUUUACGCCAAAUUGAUCAAAUGAUUACAGCCUUAAGUAUUGUGAACCUACUGUAAAGUGAGGACGCCAAACACGAACAAUUUCGUAAAUUGACCGUCCUAUUUCUAUCUCGCUCGCGCGCAAUUGGGUACUUGACACAUGUUGAAUAUUAUAACAAAAUUUAGCUAAACGGAUAGAAAAUGAGCCGUCCAUUAUAAAAAAGUGGAAUUUUAAAAGACAUUCAGAAUUUAAAAAAAUACAAGACUAAAGUCUCCAAAAAUAUUAUUUUUAACUAUUGAGAAGUAAAAAUAAAAUGGUACCAUUCGAUUACUUAAAUUUUAUUGAGAAAUAAAUUGUAUGACAACUAUAUACAUAAACGCAAUAUUUCAGGGUCAAAAUAGCAAGUUUCUUGAUGUACCAUACAUUUAGGACAGACUAAUGUAAUGUGACGUCACAUUACAAUAUCAUUUUGUUAGAGGCGUUUCAAUCGUCGAGUGCGAGAGACUAGCUCUCAUUUCUGACCUUUGUGUUGCUUAAAUGCAAUGAUUCCUAUAUCGACAUUUGAUCCUCAGGAAAAUCAAGAUCCAUUGACAUUAUUUACAAAUAAAAACCGGGCAAGUGCGAGUCGGACUCGCGCACGAAGGGUUCCGUACCAUUAUUUAUAAAAACACCAAAAAAAAUAUAUUUGUUGUAUGGGAAUAUUGAAUAAAAAUAUUUCUUUUAUUCUGUGUUUAUUUGUUGUAAUAGCGGCAGCAGAAAUACAUCACCUGUGAAAUUUUCAACUGUCUAGCUAUCACGGUUCAUGAGAUACAGCCUGGUGACAGACGGACGGACGGAUGGACGGACAGCGAAGUCUCAGUAAUAGGGUACCGUUUUUAGGGUAAAACUGCCAAGUAGCCAAUUAUAUUGCCCAUGAUGGCGGUCAAUGCCACUGUGCGAGCGGGACGGCAAUAUAAUUAUGCGCGUGCGAUAGAGACGGGAAUAGGACAAUCAAUAAAAGUAAUAGUAGGGUCAAUGUAGUAGGGUUUUAAAAGACAAAAUAUCGUCAUAUUUUUAUAGGAAUUUAACCUUUAUGGUCGCAUUUCGAUACUCUAUCAUUAUCAUAAAUAUAAGUAAGGGAAGACUGCUAACUCCAUACAUCAGUUUUCUUACCAAAACGAGAGUUAUAUUCGCAGUCGACAUCUAGCGUCAAGUAGCGGAUUUAUCAGUACUGCUACUAGACAAUAGAUGUCGCGACGAACGAAAAGUCUAAUGCUCAAUAAUUUUCAGGUAAUAUUAUAACCGGAUUAACGGGAACUCUAUUUUCAAUUCCUGCUUUUAAUAUUAGUUGUAUAUUGUUUUAGCAAUACAUCUUUCGUCAGUCGCGACACUCGUGACAUCUAGUGUCAAGUAGCGGUACUGAUGAAUCCGCUACUGGACGCUAGAUGCCGACUACGAAAAUAACUUGCGUUUUGGUUUGAAAACUGAUGUAUGGAAUUCGCACUCUUUCAUUACUUAUAUUUCUCUAUGAUAGCGGUAGAGUAUGGAAAUGCGACCAUAAACGUUAAAUUCCAUACAAGGUUCCCGUGAUCAUUGCGAGACAUUUUAACUAAGCAUUCCUGGUAAUAUUUAGAAACUAAAAUGUCAUAUAAAAUUUUCUGGAUUAGGCCUAGUUUCAGAGAUAAUUAAAUGUUUUUCGAAAUCAUUCUUUCGCCAUAAGUCGGUACAAAACACAUUUUUGACUGCGGUAUUGCCACUUUGAGGUCUAGUCUGGACAUACCUAUUGAUUGACAUCGAAAAAUUAAAAAAACGUAUUCGAGAGGCGAUAUAAAAAAAACUUUUUAGUUAAUUUUAGGUUAUGUGUUUAUCAAUAAAAAUAACGUUUUAUGUACAGGAGUGUUCAAAACAAGGGGAAAAAAAAACAAAAAAAUUUUUUUUGUCGAAUUUCACAAAAAGUCAUCUAACAUUUUUUGCUUCGGUUGCCAUCAGGAUGCACCUUUAAAAUCUCUCGCAAUGCUCACGGGCACCUUGUAUUUUGUCUUUUCAUACCCUAUAUAUUACUCCAUCUACACAGACUCUACAAGGGGCCUACCGCGAAAACAGAAAUUCGCAAAUUGCGGGGAUCUUUCUCUUUUACUCUCAAUAAGACGGAAUUAGAGUGACAGAGAAAAAUGCCCGCAAUUGACGAACUUCGAUUUUCGCGGUUAUAGCCCAGAGUUAGCUUGGUCCUAUUACAUCGUUUAAAUCACAACUCUAACUCUAUGGCUGUAAGGUCCAAAUUUCAAACUUGUCUUUGUAAUUUAACUGACCGCGGCCGGCAAAACGUCUCACUUUGACGCUUGCCAGGACGCCUUGACAGGUUAUUCGUUUAGAUAUACAAGCUGGCAAGCGAUAAAGUGGGACGUUUUGCCGGCUGCGGUCACAAUUAAGUAAGUAAAAACUGACGAUAUUCCAACACUGAAACCGCGGGGCGGUAACGGUACAGACGCCAUCAGAUAUUAGAGCGGCCAAGGUGCUCAAUAAUAUCUAAACAAGCAACGCCUUGACAAUAGAGGCUUGUGCAGAUAUUUGAGAGCGCCUUGGCAGCUCCAGUAUGUGUAUCUGAUGGCCACUGUACAGUCGCCAUCAGAUAUAUCGGAGCGGCCAAAGUGUGGCCGCUCCGAUAUAUCUGAUGCAAAGGCCACAAAUAUCUGAACACGCACUCUAACGUCAUGGCAAUGGAGGCGUGUUCGGAUGUUUGUGAGCGCCAUGUUCGCCCCGAUAUAUUUGAUGGGCACUGUACAUCCGUAUUGGGAAAAGUGAAGCUUAAUUUUUCUACAUUUCAUAAAUUUAAUAAGGCUUGUCUCUCGGGGAAGAUUUUUUUACAACAAAAUGUGUCGCUUUGCACGCGAUGUUUGGAUGUUGGUUGCAAAUGAGAAAUAUCCCUUAUUGACAACCAACAUUUUUUUAAACAUAGACAUAUAGAGUAGACAAAUUGGCUGAUUAUAAGCAAAUAGUCGCCUAAUAGCAGAGGGGUUGCUAGUGCUUUGCAGGCUUUUAAGAUGGGAGAACGCUCUUUUAAAAAUUGAAAGUCACAAAUGAGGUUAAAUCCCACAGAUUAUAAUGGUUUCUACAGUUUUUUUGUUUUGGAACCCUAUCGAAACGAUUGCAGCGCCCUCUGAUCUUUGCUUUACAUGUUUAUACUCAUGGAGACGACAAUCCUUAAUAUUGGCCAAGAAAACGCGGGCUGUGAUGUAUUUUGUAAAUUGUAAUUAUGUUACCAAGAGAUUGUACAGGCUCAGUAUCAUUGGUCGAUAUAUAUAAUAAACAUAGAUAUAUAUAACUCCGUAUAAGAUAAAUAAAGUCUAAAGAAAGUUUGCCUCGAAAAAACAAGAAAAAAUUAUGCUCGAAUAGAUGGCGAUAUAACUUUGGCCUAUACUGGAGUACAUGGUGACACCGUUUGAUAUCAGUUAAAGAACAUAGUUCAAAUAACCAUGUUUUAGUCCUGUGUCGAAACAGCGGCUCCCAUAGGCUGCAACUGCUGCAAGGCAAUUACCCCUUUUCCAGACAUAGUAUGAUUUAUCGACCAUAUACGCGUCAUUAGAAUUUCAACUUCAGCAUUCCGAUUUAAGGUUCAAAUUAGAUUACACUUUCAGGAAAUGUUACUUGUCUUCAAAUGAAUCAUUAAAGCUGGAUUAAUUGGAAUAUAUUUGGCUUUUUUGGGAAAACUUUGUAGAUUCGUGCGGCCUGGAAAAGGGUUAAACGACUACUGAAACUUAGAAUGGCAGGAGUUAAAAAAAUCUCCGGGCCCUAUCGACCAAUGAAAACUGUUCCCCGAAUGCGGGCCCUGUGGCAUGCGUUAUGGAUAUCUCCCGUACCCCGCUUGCGGGACUAUCGACCAAUGAAACUGAGCCUUAAUGUAACGUGUCAUCACAAUGUUUACACUAAUGGCGCCACUCUUGAAAAAUAACUGUAGUCAACUUUUACUGUAUAUCUUUCGACACAUGAUUCAAACUUUUAGAACGCCAUUUGACUUUAUUCUUUCACAGAUAUGUGUAAAUUUUGUUAAACAUCAAAAAGUGGCGCCAUCUUACCGGGCACAACCUAAAGGUUAUGGCGCCAUUGCUCGAAACGAUGCUGCCAUACCUUUGAUCUUUGAUCUAUUAGAUGGCGCCACUUUUAGAAUUUUUACAAAUUUAACACAUAUUAGUAAUAGAAUAAGGAUUAACGUCAAAUGGCGUUCGAAAAGUUUUAAUCAUGUGUCGAAAGAUGGCAGUAAAUUUACUGUGGCUACAAAGUUUUCUUUACCAACCCACCUCUGUUACAACUGAGUGUAUCGAUAUAGGAACUCUCUACCUGUCAUUUAAUUUUGCUCCCUAAAAUCCGAUGUCUGUUUCAUCUGCGUCUUUUUCGAUUGUUAAAUAUUAAAAUAUGAUUUUAAUAUCUGGAAUAAAAUAGAACAUAUAUUAUUAAACAAGAGGGCGCUAGUGUUGUGAAUAGACAAAUAUAAUUAAGUUUUUUAGUGAUAUUUUUGUGUAAUUUUUUUAAGGUAUUUUUUUAAUAACAUGCCGCUUACCAAAGUGA